AUGCGUGGACAUGCAUAUGCAGCAGCAACCACGAAUGUCUCUUAUUGCCUCCGUAAUGUAACCGUGGUGGAAGAAGUCAUGCGCCACAUUGCUAUCGUCACCAAUGUGAUCACCUUGGUUUUGGGUGUUUUCGGCAACGGGCUGGUCAUGUGGAUCAUCAUUACUCGUAAGAAGCACAAAACCUUCACCUCCAUCUGCUAUCUCAACCUGGCUGUGGCCGACUUCCUCUUCUCUGUGGGCCGCAUCCCUGCCCUCGUGCAAGAGAUCAUGUACCAGCAGUGGCCCUUUGGCCUCAUGCUUUGCAAGGUCCACAGCUUUGUCCGCUACCUUACCAGCUUCGCUAGCGUCUUCGUCCUCACGGUUAUCAGCCUUUAUCGCUGCCUGAUGGUAGUAAAGCCCGUGUGGGCCCGAAACCACCAAAGUCCUCGUUUUCAAACCCUGAUGUGCAUCGGAGCAUGGACCCUGGCUUUGUUCUUCAGCAUCCCUUACCUGGUGGUCCGCACGAUCGAAGUCAGGAAUGGUGCCUCCUGUUGCAUCUACCACAAGGCUCUCAGGACCUCGACCGAACUGCCCCUGAGAAUGAGCAGGUUCUUCGGCGGCUUCCUCCUCCCCUUCGUCAUCAUCUCCACGGCGUACUCCGUUCUGCUCUGCAAGCUUCGCGAGCGGCGCUGGAAGGGCUGCCACCGCACCAUCAGCGUGGUGGCCGCCAUUGUCGCCCUGUUCUUCAUCUGCUGGCUGCCUCACCACAUCUUCGUGCUGCUGAACACCAUCUGGAGCGGAAACGCCCUUUGGGGGAUUGCACUCAAGGUCUCCAAUGCCUUGGCCUACUUGCAUAGCUGCAUCAACCCGGUGCUCUACGGCUUUGUGGGCUACAUCCGGAGCAGAGGACUCCGGCGCCGAGCUUCCUUCUUGGGGCUUUUCCGCAAGGCUCUCAUCGAAGAGGACACGUUGUUUGCAACAGAAGCCUCAGAGAAUCUUAAUCAGAAGACUUAA